AUGGAAGAGAAAAAAACUGCGCGGGAAGAAAAGGAUCUCAUUUCUGCGGAAAAUAUCUUCCACGAUAUCUGCACCUUGAUUUUGAACAAGAACAUCGAAAUAGAGAUCAUCCAAGAGGGAUUGCUGAAAAAGGUGAUGGGCGAUGAAGACUCCAAUAGCAUUCUGUUCCUAGAGGAAAGCACAAACACGCAGAACGAUUUGACAAAACUGAAUGCACAUCUGGAGGUAGACAAAGCAAAUUGGUCUCCAAACAAACACGAACUGAGGUACGCGGAUAUUCACAUCACAGUCGAUUUUAAUAAGAAGCAGUUAAGUUAUAGCAUCGAUAACUCCAAGAUACAUAAAUGCUAUCACUACAGAAUUACUCUCCUGCUGGACCAUAUUACACGAGAAGGAUUCCCCUUUAAGGAUAGCAUUUUGUAUUUAUACCAUGGGAUUAAUGAUAGGAGUUCCAUGACGUGUGGAUGCUGGCAGGAUGGGAAGACUGUCGAUAAGUCCUUAGAGGAGGACGAAUCUAAAGAUGUGAAUAUUCUCAAUAGUGGAGAGAUUGGAGAGGGUAAGGCGUUUUCCGCGCGGGAGAAGUCCGAAGAGCAUAUGAAUUGGUACGAACAAAAGGAUAACUUAUUUUUGCACAAAAAUGAAGACAUAGAACAGUUGAGGAGAGCUCCCGUUUCGUACGCCUUCGAUCAGAACAUCAUUUUUUCCAACAAGGAAAAUGACGAUUCGGAUGGAAAGCGGUCGCAUAGGUCGUCCCAAGUGAGGCAUCCAAAGAGGGAGGUUGCUAAGCGGGCGGAGGGGAGCAUCACAGAUGGUUCGUCUUCCGAUGGGGGGGCGGACUCGGAGAGCGCCAGGGAGGAAGAGAAGGAAAAAAAGAAGGGAAACAAGGGAGACGCUGCCCAAAACGGGGAAGUGAAAAGAAGUUGCCCUGAUGAGGAGGAAGAAGAGAUAGAAGACGUCUCCGAUGGAGGGUGCCAACCGGUGGGCAGUGCCGCAAAUGUGGGCACAGAUGUAGACGCUGACGUGAACGCAGACGUAGUGGCAGUCAUGGGCGCUGACGCUGACGCUGACGCAGAGGACGCGAUUAAAGCGGGGAAGGAAGAGAGCAGCCACAAGGAUGAAGGCACGGGAUUUUCCAUCAAAGAUUUGGAAGAAAUUAGCCACUUUCUUCGAGAUGAUUACAUGAACAAAAAAGGGAAAAGUGGCAAUUCCCUCAUGAUGGGAAGUAGGGGAGGAAAAUACGUAAGAGAAAAAGAAAAAAAAAAAAAAAAAUUCAUGAAAAUUAUGAAUGAAAAUAUCCCCCUAACGCUUAUUUUGUCAGAUAAGGGUAACGAAAUAUGCAAAGAAUUGAUUAAUAAAUAUUCGAGGUAUUAUCGAGAUUUUGUGGAGGAACGUGUUCUAGGGUGUGGCGGGUUCGGAUACGUAAUGAAGGUAAAAAACAAGCGAUUUAAUAUUACCUAUGCUUUGAAGAAAAUAACCCUGUGCAGCAGCAAAAAAGGAGCGUGCUCUUACCUUCACUCCAGUAGUGACCUAAUGAAUGAAAACAACCGAUACAUAAUGGAGGAAGCAAUCAUGAUUGCGAAGCUACAACAUGAAAAUAUUGUACGGUACUACGAUGCCUGGGUGGAAAAUAACAUCGAUUUCUACCUGCACGAUGAAGUGGAAAAUAACUACGAACAUGUUAGUAAAAAGAAAAAAAAUUAUACACACUAUAUGGAAGAAAUAGUGAACAUGCGGCAAUACUAUAAGGAGAAAAAGGGGAUAGACAUUAAUGAGAAAUAUUUGUACAUUCUGAUGGAGUACUGUCCAGGGAAGACGCUGAGGGAGGCCAUCGACUGCGGCUUUAUAUAUAAAAAUGAGAACCUCCUAUGGGAGUUAAUAAAGCAAAUUUUAAAAGGGCUACACUACAUACAUGAUAUGAACAUUAUGCACAGAGAUAUCAAGCCAUCCAACAUUUUCCUCCAAAUUAGUGAUAACAUCUUGACAGCCAAAAUAGGGGACUUCGGAUUAACCACCCGAAUUGAUAACAAUAGUAAUAAUAUCAACCCAUCCGCAGGGACAGUGAAUUAUAUAUCCCCUGAGCAGUUAAAUGGAGAACAUUUUGAUCAAAAGGCGGAUAUCUUUUCCCUAGGUGUGGUAUUCUUCGAAAUGUUUCACGAGCCGUUUUCUACCCUCAUGGAGAGGUCCAUAGUGCUAUCCAAUUUGUUAAAAGGGAUUUACCCAGAUUAUAUAAAAUCGGAUCAAAAAAUUUUCCACUUUUUAUCCAAAUUGUUAGCCAUAAACCCGCAGGAAAGAUCUUGUGCGUAUUCUCUACUGCAUGAAAAUUUUCUAUUCUCCUUCGAAAAGGACUUCACCGAGAUUUACAAUUUAGUGGAGAACAAAAGGAACUGUGAGGAAGUGCACACCAUAAUUAGUACCCUCUUUGACAAGGUUGAAAAUAGCAAGGGAGAAAGUCUCAUCAAAAAGGAGGACUUGGUAUCCUUUCAAGGCGCAAAAAUGUUUACAGACGAAUCGGAUAUGAAGAAGUGCAUUAAGAAAAAGAUUAUAACUUCUUUAAGAAAAAGGGGAGCCAUUUUUUUAAUCACUCCAAUGAUUUUGCGGAAUAAAUAUUACACCAAUUUGGAGCACUUCCAUGUGGAUGAGAGUAGCAGUUCACACAGUGUCAGCAAGAAAAAGGACCUCAAAAUGUCCAACAUUUUUAUUAACACCAAUAGGAAUGCCCUCCUGGACAAUAUGGUGUACCUACUAGACAUUUACGGCAACAGCAUCACCUUGAGGCCCUCCUUCUUUUUCGCCUUCUCUGAGUACAUUUAUGAAAAUAUCGAAUGCUACAAUAGGUAUAAUGAAUCCAAUUUUUUCCUCAAGUUUUACACCAGUGGGUGCACGUACAAAUACCCCACCGUUCGAAGCAAGCCAUCGAAAAAGGACCCCCCUUCUGCAAUUUACCCAGAGGAAGCUGAAAAAAUAUUCUAUUGCAUUUUAAUUAGCUCGAAGAAUGUGUACGGACAGGAAGAAUUAAAUUACCUCUCCAUCUUCUCCAAUGCGGAUAUUCUCGUAUCUGUCUGCUCCUUGUACAGCCACAUUUCGCACCUUAACAAAUUGAUGUUCCUAUGGUCCUACAUUGACCUCCUCCCUCUGAUACUGCACGAAUGUUUAGACAUCUCGCCAGAUCUCAGUGAAGAAAUGAGUAUUCAUUUAAAGAAAAAUUCGCCCCUCCUGGGAAAUAAAGCGAACAUUGCUCCUCUCCUACAAAAGUUCAAAAUUAGCAGCAAUAAUCUCCCCAAGGUGUGCGAUUUUGUGUAUUCCCUAUUUCAGCUCAAAUGUGAAAAUGGAAAAGUGGACGACUAUUUAAACUCUUUGAGUAGGUUCAUAUCGGACGAUUUGAGCAAAAAGGGUGUCCUUCCUCCUCAUUAUAAAAGCUCUUCCGCUUUACAUGGGGAUAAGGCGAACGCAAGUUAUGGCCCCAGCGAUAUUGCCACAGGGGGGGGGACCAUCACCGGUGCGAAUGCUAGCGGUAAUGUCGCUUCUCCCAGUACUGCUAGUGGGACCCCCAGUGCAGGUACCAACGAUGUAUCCAUUAAAAGAGUCCAGAUCGUGCCGAACGAACAAGCGAAUCUAAGCGCGAUUAGCAAAGUGAAAACCCUUUCGCUGAUAGAUAAGGUGAAAAAGAUAAAUAGUUUUAUUGGGACAAGCUCCAUCAUGGAAAAUACCUGCUUUGAUUUAUUCCUGAAUUAUGAAGAAAGCGUGUUUUCAAAUGAAAUUAUAUUUUACGUGAUCGCCGAGGGGAAGAACAGGGAUAUCAUAGCGUGCGGCGGGAAAUUCGAUCGGGUCAUUCAGCAUAUGAAGAGCUGGGGUACGGCGGCAGGUACGGCCUUGCCUUGUACAGUUUUGCCCGGCACAACCUUGCCUGGCGGUGUGGGUAUACUCAACGACCCUGGCAGCCGCGCUGGCAACGACCUGGGAAUCUGCCUGGACAGCGACACCUGCUACGGGGGCGACUACGACACGGGCGGUGGUGGCACCGAUUCGAAGCUGCUAAACAUGAAGGCCUAUGGGGUAGAAAUUUAUGUAGAGAAAAUAUUCCUUAAGGUGGCAGAGUCGAAUGAGAAACCGCCUCUAAAUGUUCAAUCUACUGCAACAUCGGAGAGGACGCAGAUUUUUAAAAACAUUUUACCCUCCCCCAAUCAUGAAAACGUUUUCUCCUGCUCGACAAAUUUAAUCCAGUCGCCUGUGAGCAGUGGCCCAUUUAGUUACUCCUCCCCCAAGGUGGUUAUUCAGGUGCACGAAAUGUCGAAUCUGCUGAUAGCCUAUGAUUUGUCCAAGCAGUUAUUACACAAGAAUAUCCCUUCGUAUAUUUACUUUUCCGCCAAUAAUGCAAACACGAAAAAGAAGAUAAAAAGUUUUAAGCCGCACAAGAUAAAGUUUAUCAUUUCGAUCAAGUCAAGUGGCAGCGACGUGUCUUUCGAUGCCCACAACCCUAUCAAGUUAAAUAACGUUAAUUAUAAAAUUUUUAAUUCGAAAAAUGAGGACUACAGUUUUAUGCAGCAGGAGGAGUUAAUAAAUUACUUAAUUAAGAACGUCUAG